AUGGGCCUUCAGCGCUCUAAUGUGACAAUUAUCCACCCGGAUCUAGGCAUUGGAGGAGCCGAGCGGCUUAUCAUCGAUGUUGCAUUGGCCCUUCAGAACCGAGGCCAUCGCGUAACGAUCUACACCUCCCACCGCGAUAAGACGCACUGUUUCGACGAGGCGCGCGAUGGCACGCUGGACGUCCGCGUGCGCGGCAACACCAUCUUCCCCGCCCAUAUCUGCGGCCGACUUCAUAUCCUCAUGGCUGCCCUGCGUCAACUACACCUGACCGUUUCGCUACUGGGCGAGCUUGGCACGAGGGGAAGCUCGGAGACCACCACCACCACCGACGACGAAGUUCGAGACGAUAUUUUCAUCGUGGACCAGUUACCGGCCUGCGUGCCCUUUUUGAAGUCAUUUGGCCGUCCGCGAAAGUCCCGACGCCAGCGCAUAUUGUUCUCUCGCCGGGUGGUGCGUGACGUCUUUGGCUCGGACCGAUUGGGUGACGUGGAAGUGGUCUACCCGUGUGUCGAUAUGGAUGCCGGACCUGCAAUUCCCGAAAAGGCGGAGGAGGAUCCUCUUUGGGGUGGGAAGAAGAUCCUACUCAGCAUCAAUCGCUUCGAACGGAAGAAGGAUAUGGCGCUGGCGAUUCGUGCUUUUAAUGGACUUGGUGCGGAGAAGAGGAAAGGGACGCGACUGGUGAUUGCUGGCGGUUACGACAAUCGUGUCCAGGAGAAUGUGCAAUAUCACCAGGAGCUGGAUGAGCUUGCGACGAGUCUCGGGCUGAAGACAGCGACCUCCAAGACAGUAUUAUCCGCGCUUUCAAUUCCCGACGAUAUCGACGUCCUAUUCCUCCUUUCUGUUCCUACUGCAUUCAAGGAUACCCUGUUGGCGCAAUCGAAACUCCUUCUUUAUACCCCGAUCAACGAGCACUUUGGCAUUGUGCCCGUGGAAGCAAUGCGUGCUGGUCUCCCGGUACUAGCAUCAAAUACCGGCGGCCCACUGGAGACAAUUGUUGAGGGCGAAACGGGCUGGCUCCGGGACGCUCACGCAGAUGAAGAGUGGACUGCUGUGGUGGACAAGGCACUUUACGGAUUGACCGAGGAAGACGAGAAACGCAUGGCUCUUGCUGGCAAAAAAAGGGCGCAGCAAGAGUUCUCGCUUACUGCCAUGGGGGAUAGGCUAGAAGAAGAGAUAUCCACUAUGCUCGACGCCGAGGGAAGGCCAUUCAACGGGUGGCAACAGGUCUUUGCCAUUCUCGCUCUAAUUGGGGCUGUUCUUGCAAUGAUGGCUGCAAUUUUGCUUCGAGCGAUAGCUUCUUGA